AGCCACACAAGCCCCCCCCAUCCCCCUCGACCGGUCCCCAGGCCGGCCGGUGCCCGGCUCCCCAUGGCAGGCCCCGUCCCGGCCUUGGCCACGUGCCCGGACAUGUGCCCGGCCUCGGAGCGCGCCCGGCGGGAGCGCGAGCGUCGCCUGCACCCCCUCGAGGUCCUGCAGGAGGCCGGGGAGCCGGAGGAGGAGGGCGGGGGGCGGCGUGCGAGGGCCCCCCGCGCCGACCCGCAGCGAGCGGUGAAGGAGUACAGCCGGCCCAGCGCGGGCCGGGCCCGGCCCCCGCCCUGCCAGCUGCGCCCGCCGGCCGUGCUGCUCCGCACCGUGCGCCACCUGCUCGACCUGCUGGACGGGGAGGCCGGGGUCCCCCGGCCCGAGGCGGCCGGCUUCGUGGCGGACCGGCUGCGGGCCGUGCGGCUGGACCUGGCCCUGCAGGGCCUGGGCGCCGGGGACGGGGCGGCCGUGGCCGUGCUGGAGGCCUCGCUGGCCACCCUGCUCUGCCUGGCCGCCCGGGGCCCGCCCGGCGGGGACCCCCGGCUCCUCCAGGCCCAGCUGCACGAGAGCUUCGGCUCCCUGCGCCGCUGCUACGGGGACCCGCCGGCCGCCCCGCACCCCCGGCAGCCCGUCUUCCAGGCCCUCUUCCUCCUCUACAACCUGGGCUCGCCGGAGGCUCGCCGGCAGGUGCUGCAGCUCCCGCCGUCCAUGCGGACCCACCCGGCCGUCCAGCGGGCCCUGGCCGUCGACGCCGCCUUCUGCGAGGGCAACUCGGCCCGCCUGUUCCGCCUGCUGCGGGCCCUGCCCUUCCUGCCCAGCUGCGCCGUCCAGCGCCACGUGGGCCCUGCCCGGCGCGGGGCCCUGGCCCGCCUCGCCCGCGCCCUGGGCACCCCCCGGGGCCAGGCCUACCCCCUCGCCCGCCUCACCCGCCUCCUGGCCCUGGACGGGCCGCAGGAGGGGCGGGAGCUGUGCCGCCUUCACGGCCUGCCCGUGGGCGGCGGCGGCGGCGGGGACGCCGCGGUGGCCGUGUUCGCGCGGGGCGGCUUCGCCGCCAACCGGCCGCUUCCCCCGGCCCCCUGCGCCCUCCUGGUGGGGAGCAAGCUGAGGGGGCGGACCCUGAGCCAGGUGGUCAUGGCCGAAGAGCCCGAAGAAGAAGCCGCCCCCGCUCCCGUGUGACCACCCGACGGGGCAAGAAAGAUAAAGAAAGCCGAAGAAGCGGCCCCCACUCCUGGGUGACCGCCCGGCCGGGAAAGCAAGCAAGCAACAGGAGGGACCUCGAACUCCUCGACUCCAUAAUCGGCCCCCUCCCCAGACUUCUGCCGUCCCUCCUCCUCCUCCACCCGACUCCACUCGGUGUCACCAAUAAAGUCGGCCCGUUUCAGUCCAGCCGGAGGAUGGGAGCCAGGUCGGGGCCGGCACGGAUCGGUCGAGGCCGGCGGGGCGAUUUAUCGAGCGCUUGCGGGGUG